AUGCCAUUAUGCGAUCUUUGCCAGCCGUUCGACGUCCUCAACAUCCCUAAGCUACCACCCGAUUACAGAAUCCAUACUGUCACUCGACGCGACUACCCGUGCCUAGUCCAAAUAAGUAGCCAACCUCUCAGGGACCUUUGGAAGAACAAGCAAGACCGUCCACAGGAUCAAGAACCCAUCGGUAUACCCUUCCACCAAUCUAUCGAAGACCUCGAAGCCGCCGCUGCCGAUGACUGUGCAAUCUGCAAGACCGUACAGCGCGAUGUCGCGCAGUUUCAAUCCGAGUUCAGUGGGGCGAAGAAGGAACCUGGGAUUCGUGCCGAACGUGGCGGAGGACCGGAUUGGAAGAUGUGUCUCGUUAGGGGUGUGAAUGAUACUGGGGGUUUCAUGGUGGUGUCGGUCGAUACAAAGUAUUGGUUUCAGGUUUGGGUUGUUGCUGCUGUGGGGUUGUGUGCUGAUUACGGCGAUCCGUUGGCCGCUGUCGUUCGAGGUCGCAAGACACUCUCCUCGUCUCCGCAUACACUUGCACAUGCCCUAAACUGGGUACGCGAUUGCGACAAACAACGGACGGAUCGGCACUGUCAUGUCGAUGCGGCACCUCUUCCAGCUCGUGUCCUGGAUAUACGAGACUCGACGCCACACAGAGUAGCUCUUUAUGCGCCCAUCGAAGGAGAACUGGGACGGUACGCAGCACUGAGUUAUGUCUGGGGCGAGUCAAGCCCUUUCGCAACCACACGUGCCAAUAUCGAAGCCAACAAGAGGGGUAUUGAUACCGACCAGCUCCCAAAGACGUUUCAGGACGCCAUCCUCAUAGCCAGAGAGAUGGGUAUCGGAUAUCUAUGGAUCGACUCCCUCUGUAUCUGCCAAGACGACUCAGAAGACUGGUCGCGCGAAACAUCGCGCAUGGCCUCCGUCUACUCAAACGCCUACAUCAUGCUCUCCGCGACCGGUUCUCCAUCUUCUACAUCUGGGCUAUCCAUCUUCUCUCCCAACCGCCCAGCACCCAACUACUCCCCUUUCGAAUACGUAACCACAGACGGUAUCAAAGGAACUCUCCACGCCUUCUCCUCCUCCCGCGAAACAGCCGCAAAGCCCUCCUGGGCCGGAAACAACGCAAUGCUGAAGACCGAACCACUCACCCAACGCGGCUGGGCGUUACAAGAACGCUGGCUCGCACCGCGUUGA